AUGCCUCCUCAAGCUCCAUCUGAUCCUAGUACACCGUACUGGCGUACUGCUCUCUCUCUCCUCAUCUACCCAUUGUAUCUUCUCAUAGCCAUCCUUGCAACACCUCUACCAUUGUUCCUCAAUAUAAUACAUCUCGUCUAUUCUCUUCUAUCCACUCUGCUGUAUCCCUUCACUAGCAUCUUACGAGUACUACUUCGGGUGUUCGUCUUGGCCCCACUUCGGUUUGCCGGUGGUGUGAUGGAAGCUGUAUAUCCUCUGUAUGUGUUUGUGGCCGGUGUAUUAGGGAUCGGGUGUGUGAUGGGGAUAGGAGCAGGGUUGGUAGGAACCAGAGGGGUUGAUUGGUUGAUGCAAUUAAAGAAUGAUCAGAAACAAACUCGACAAGAUGUUGUCAGUAAAACUUCAUCUAGAGUUAGAUCCAGUCGACCUGAAAGACCUCAAUCGGGACAUAUCUCAAUGGAAUCGAAACCAUCGGAAAGUAACACGAUCUACAAAGACGACGGUCCAACCGAUCACAGAGGUUAUGCGGUUCAGACAUCAAGCACAACACCAUGGCAACAGAUAUACCCAUAUAUUCCUCAACAGCUAGAGGUCAUAUGGACAAAACUGGGUCUUACCGAAGUUACCGUUCCUCUGUUGCGUAAAACCGGUCUGGCGGAGAGACUAGGUAUAUCGGAAGUGCAAAGUCCUUCCUUGUACAACAAGAAGAGUUAUGUGGGGAUGGGCGAAAGACAUGAUGGGGGUCGAGGGGGAUACAGAGAGUAUGCGGAACGGGAGGAAGACUACAGAGGUGGUGUCGAGAAAGAGAAUCGGGAACGCAGUAAUGGUAGAGAAAGAGGGAAUAGAAGUGGAAAAGGUAAAGGUAAAGAACCUGAGAGAAAUUCAUUCUCUUCCAAGACUUCAGCUAGGGAAGAAGCGAUAGGUGUUCGGAAACGUGGGCAAAGGACAGGAAAUGGAAUGAUGAUUUGA